UUCCCGUAGUUAACAUUUGAUUACACUGUUUUUUAAAUGUCUCUGCUACUGAAUCUCUUACGGCAAUUGCUGGAAUAUUAUGGUGUGGUCCCAGAACCGGCCUUGCAAAGGUGUAAAUUUUAUCUCAAUGGCCUUGUUCGUAUGAUUGGAUCUCGUCUUUCUUCAAAUGCCUUUUCAAGAAGAUACUUCCAAGAAUUAUGUAUCGUUUCCAGGAAUUGUUUGAUAUCCUGGGUUUCAGAAGGAAAAAGAUACGGACCUACCCGAAGUUUUGUUCGUAGAUUGGGAGCAUGUCUUACAUUAAUUCCUUUUUCAAGACCUCACUUUCAGCUGGUCCAAAGUCUGAACUCUUUAGAAGAACAAUACAGCAUCGUUAAUUCUGUUCAACCGUCUCUUGCCGAUGCCUUAUGGAUGGUAGAUGAAGACAGAAAUCCAUGCACUAAAUCCAGGCAAGUAAAACCAACUAGACUUUUUGAAGUAUUGUCAGUUCACUUUAUUCCCAAACGUCUUGGCUUUUGGAAUGCUUACAUUUAUUUACCCAGUGCUAUCCUGAUAUUUUCUAGAUUUGAGGACUGGAGAGGGGUUGCCACUCCAUCUGUACUUUCUUUGCCAAUUGCUCCAAAAGAAAAAAAUGAAAAAACAACUGUUGCGGGUGAAGACGCAUUCCAAAAAAUUCAUGUUCUUGAAAAUGAAUUAGCACAUCUUCGUAAACAGAUUGCUGCGAUUCUGGCAGCAGAUAGGGCAGUAAAUGAUCAAUCCCGUUCAGAUACUGGGAUUUUAUCAAACACUCCUAAUAGUUUUCUGCAGCCAGGAAUGUUUUCUACGCCAGCUCCUACUUCUCUUUGUAAUGUAGUCAUACCUCCACCUCCACCGCUGCCACCUUCGUUUGUGUUAAAAUCUGAUUUUGAUUCCCAUAAUUCGGCAGUUCAGCUUAUUAAACAACGUCGGGCUACAAAGACUGAAAAGAUUAAAGACGAUGCUGAACAUCAGACGGUUAAAGUUAUUCCCGAUAUGAUGGAUGUUCUCAAGGAUAUAAAUAAUGUUAAACUCAGAGCUAUUGAGAAAUCUCCUGGAGGUACACCUCUACCCAAAAGAAAUAAAAUAAAGCAAUCUCAGUGGGAUCCAGCAGCUUUAAUAGCAGAAGCUCUUAAAGAGAAAUUUGCAUCACAAAGCAGUCGCGAUGACUCAUUUGACAAAGAGAACAGUCCUUAUGGUGCUUCACCAUUUUCUAGUCCAGAUACUUCAAUGGUUGACUAUCGCAUUUUGAAACCAAGCACGAAGCAGAGACUUAACAAAACUGAGGAACUAAUAAAUUCAUCAUCUUCAAAAUCAAAACUUCAUAUGUAGCCAUGAUC